AUGAUGCAGAAUUUAUACGCCAAGGCGACUGAUGUGGAUGGGACUGGAACACAACGUCAUCUUAGUACCGACAAUCAACAGGCCGUUCCCCGAACAGAGGUCCCUGGUGCCGAAGUCCCAGACAUCAGCUCAUCCCUCUCUAACAAGGGUCCUCCAUCGGGCAUGGUCGGCCAAACAGCGUCUAGAUCAUCCUCCGAAGUUAUCCCUAAAAUGUCGGACCUCGUUGUAUCGACUGCUACGUCACCUUGUGAUGUUUCUGUAGGUGCUGUAUCGGCGGAGUUAGAUGAGAUGGAGAUAGAUGGGGUUGCAGGAGCACGUGCAGACAACAACAAAUUUUGGAAUGAAUCUCUGCCUCCGCGUGAAGAGAUCCCCAGUCUCAACCCCACUCAUUCCUAUCCUACACCCCAGUCCAAUCCGCCAGAAACGCCUAUCCCAGAAAAACGACGCAUCGAAUACUCAAAGAACUUCCCAAGCAAGACCGUCCAGCGCGAAGUUCUCUCAUCAUGCUCUCCAGCGUCACCCACGGAUGGUUCUGCUGGCGCAAACAUUGGGAGCGCUUCCGAGGCAUCGAAAUCGGUCUCCACUGGAUACAAACAUCCUUCCGUCGAAGACGAUAUGGGAGACGAAGAAAUGGAGUCCAUUUUGGAAGAUGCCUAUAAAUUCUUGAAGUACCGUUCCGUUUUGCCAAAUUCGAACUCAGAAACUGAGCCCAGCACACCACGAGUCAGGGAAUCACCCGAAGACUCUCACCCUGGAGACGAAUAUGUCACAGAUACAGCGGUUUCAGAGCUAGCACGUGCAUCAGUCUUGUCUCCCUCCUCUCCUGCUAAUGAGGCUUCACCUGCACCUCGUCAGACCGAUGAUCACGUAGGGGUUGCUGGGAAUAGCAAGAACCGCAAACGAAAGCGCACCCCAGAAACUGAUGACCCAACAGCAAGAAGAGCAAGUCAAAAUUCCACCUUAUCUAAUGGUAGCAUACAGGCAGCGGCGCUCCAGUCUUCCUUACUAGUAGCUGAUGACGAGGACCUGGCCAUUAGUGAUGCCUUGUCUUCGCUCGGUUCGAGUUCUGCUGGUAGUCCUCUUCUCGAGCCUGACCACAGUCCGACUCCCGAACCCACCCCCUGGACGUGA